AUGAAUUUAGGAAACCUUCAUGAUCUUCAAGUUUUUAGCAUCUAUGACAACUUAUUCGGAGUUAAUAGAGGCGAGUUGAUGAAUUUUCUCACUUCUUUAUCCAAUUGUUCCAAACUAAGAGCUUUGGAAUUGUCUAAAAAUCAUUUUGAAGGUUCAUUGACCCAUUCCAUUGUAAAUCUCUCCACCAAGCUCAACUCAUUGUUGUUCGAUACGAACUACAUUUUUGGAAUCAUACCUCCUUGGAUAGAAAACCUUGCUAGUUUAUGGUUACUCGGGUUAGCUGAGAACAAGCUCACUGGUAGUAUUCCGGAUUCCAUUGGAAAACUCUCCAAGUUGGAAGAAUUGUACAUUUACACAAAUAACAUAUCAGGAAAAAUCCCAUCUUCUAUUAGAAACCUUAGCCGGUUAAAUACAUUUUUCCUGUCAAAUAAUAUGCUAGAGGGAAGCAUGCCUAUUUCUAUGGGCAAUUGUACAAACUUGCAAAAUAUUGAGCUUGGAUACAAUCACCUCACUGGAGCAAUAUUUGGAGAAAUUGUUAGUCUUUCUUCACUCUCAAUUUUAUUCUCUAUAUAUCAUAACUAUUUGGUAGGGCAACUACCAUCGCAAGUUGGUAACCUUUUCGAAGGUACCAUUCCAGCAUCCUUCAAACGAUUGAAAGGUACUCAAGUCCUAGAUCUGUCUCUCAAUAACUUGUCCGGGCAUAUUCUGAGGUUUCUUGGAGAGUUCACUUUAAUUUAUGAUCUCAACCUUUCUUACAAUAAAUUUGAAGGUGAAGUUCCAAGUGAAUGA